CACGUCUCACCCCCCUUCGCCUUCUUCCGCUUCCACUCUUCCCUUCGCUCCUAAUCCCCAAUGGAGGCCUCUCUCUGCUGCUUCCCCAACUCCAAGCCUGCUGCCCCGCGAACCCAGACGCAAUCCCUUGCCCUCAGCCGUCUCUGCAACCCCUUCUCCGCCCCCUGCCGACCCCGCCGCAAAACCCUUUCCUCCAACACCAUCGUCCGCGCCGCCAUCAGCCGCGCCAAGAAGGAGGAGACGGUGGAGACCGUCAAACAGCAGCUGGAGGGCUGCCACCUCGUUGCUGGCAUUUGCUACAAGGGCCUCACUGUCAAGCAGCUGCAGAACAUCCGCACCGCCCUCCCCCCUACCUCCCGCCUCAUCGUCGCCAAAAACACCCUCGUCGGCAAGGCCUUCGAGGGCACCCCCUGGGCCGCCAUCGCCCCCUGCCUCAAGGGCAUGAACGCCUGGCUCUUCGUCCACUCCGAGGAGAUCCCCGAGGCCCUCAAGCCCUACCGCGCCUUCCAGCGCGAGUGGAAGCUCGAGGACAACGACUUCACUGGUGCCGUCUUCGAGGGCCGCUUCUACGCGCCCGACGAGUUCAAGUCCCUGGAGACCAUGCCCAGCCGCGCCGAGCUCUACGCCAAGAUCCUAGGCGCCCUCCAGAGCCCCGCCAUCUCCGUUGUCAGUACGCUCCAGGCUCCGGCCAGGGACGUCGUCCUCGUGCUCAAGGCCUACGUCAAGAAGCUCGAAGAAGAGAGCGGCGGCGCUGCAGCUGCGUAAUUCCUUUGCUUGUUCUUUUGUUACAUGAUCAAGUUGUCAUUUUGAAUUGGGACAACGAGAGUUCUUCUCGAUUAAUUCUGAAAGUCUAUACAUCUUCAAUUGCACAUCUCUUAUGUUGUAGGUUUUUUCUUCGUUGCAUGAUCAAGUUGUCAUUUUGAAUUGGGAUGAUGAUAAUUGUUCUUGAUUGAUUCUGAAAGUCUAUAUACAUCUGCAAAUUUGCAAUCA